AUGUAUCAAGUGACUGAUUUCCUGCUCGAUCGAGCAAAUAUCCAAGACACCAUUACGAAGCUGUUGCUCUACGUCGACAUGCGACUCUGGGACAAACUGGAGGCUGAGGUCCCGGCGAACGACAUGGUACUUGAUUACAGUCUUUUGUACGGAGGAGAACCGACAUCGAUCACUCCUAAGGAUUUAGUUGCAAAAUGGCGACCUCUAAUUGAUGGAAUGACUUCUACUCAGCAUGUACUUUCAGGUGUUCUGAUUUCACUCCCCCAGCCGGGGUAUCCUGGGAAAGUGAGUAAAGCGUCUGUCAUCACCAAUGUGUCGGUUCGUCUACAGAAGGAAGGGACAGAAGGAGGAGAUGUCAACACGAGUGGAGGACGGUAUGAAAUCGAGACGACAAAGCUGCCCGACCAAGAUGGAAACCCUUGGCGAGUCUCAAGCUUUAAGGCGGUCCCCAUCUGGUUUGAUGGGAACGUCAAAAUCUUAACGGCCGAUCCGGAUAAAAUCAAAACCGCUGGUUAA